AUGUCCCCAGACCAUCCCCCAAUCUUCUCUGCUAGCGAUCGCAUCAAGCAGUUAAACAAUAUUGACAAGGAUGUUGCUAAGCUACUGCAGUCGGCAGGUCUGGCCGUCAAAGCUUUGACAAAGCCCAUGGCCAUUGCACCGGCAGAAAGCUUGUCAAGCCGGCCUGUACCAAUAGAACAACAAAGAGAGUCCUUCACUGCCGCGACAUCGCAAUACUUUACUCUACUUUCUUUGGUAGAUGUGAACCUUAGACGCCAGAUCUACGCGCUUGAGGAGGCCGGUGUUCUGCCUGCUGAAGCAGUCACCAAGGAGCCACCCACAAGUAUGGCUGUUCCUUUAGCUGCCCAGGCUAAUCCUCCGAAUGCAUCACCACCGAGAACGGCUGGGGGAAACAAGGGAGUCAUUACAGGUGGUGGUCUCGGUAAUCUGGACGUAGGUUGGCUUAACAGCAGAAAUGACAACGUGGGAAAGGAGAUGAAGGCAGAGUUAUGGGAAGAAGCUGAAAGGUUCGUUUCCAAGCUCGAAGAAAGAAAAUCUGGUUCGGAUCGAGAACUUGACUUCCUCAAGGGUGAUGGCGAAAAAUAG